AUGUCAGCAAUUCCGAAAUUGAAGGAAGUGCGGGCCACAUUGCUGUAUUUGGAAAACAUUUUAUAUCUUCAAGCAAGUAAGGCAAAACCAUCAUCAACAAUUAUUCGUGAAAAGGAUAAUUCAUCGGGCACUCUCGAUUCUUUUUAUUCUGAACGAAAAGAAGCUAUUGAACGUACCAUUGUUAGAGACAAGUCACAACUUCCUACUAUGGAUAAUAUUGUUGGACAAAUAGAGGCUAAAAAGGCUCUGAUGGAAGCCGUGGUUGAUCCUGUAUUGUAUCCGGAAUGGUUUGCCACAUCAGGCCAUAAUCCUUGGCGAUGCGUUCUCCUUUAUGGUCCACCAGGAACUGGUAAGACACGUUUGUGCCAGUCAAUUGCGCGAGAAAUGAAUACCAGAUUUUAUCAGGUUUCUUCCUCAGACUUAGUUUCAACCUGGAGUGGUCAGAGUGAGAAAUUAAUUCGUGAACUUUUCGAUCAUGCUUUAGCUCAUAACUCUUCAGUUAUAUUUAUUGAUGAAAUUGACAGUUUGUGCCGGAUCAGACGGACCACUGAAGAUGAUAAUGUUAGACGUGUCAAGACAGAACUAUUUCUGCAACUUCAAAGACUACAUAGUUCGUGUAGCUCUGUAUUGCUUAUUUGUGCAACUAAUUGUCCGUGGGAAUUGGAUACAGCUUUCUUGAGACGUUUCGAAAAAAGGAUUUUUGUUGGUUUACCUGAUGCUACGUCAAGAAUAAUGCUGUUGAAGAAGUUCCUAAAUAAACUUACUAUAUCGAGCGAUAUUAAUUGGAAUGUUUUGGAAACUUUAACAGAUGGUUUCAGCGGUGAUGAUCUAAGAAGAUUUGCUCGUGAAGUCGCUUUUUUGCAUUUUACUAAGUUCAAGGUGUUACUUUUUUAUUCACCAAUUAUUUAUUCAAAUAACUCAUCCUAUGUCAGUAUAUUCUCGGUGACGGUACAAUUGGAAGAGGAUUUUGAUAGUUGCUUUUAUUUUCUCCGAUAUUUGGAGAUUAAUAGCUUGUGCGUUUGUACACAAUCAGCUUGCACAUAUUGUCUUGUCUUGUUCUGGCAUGGAGAUUUAUGUUUGAACUACCAAAUUGUUGUAGCCACGGACAUAUCUAUGAUUGUUACUUAA